AUAAUCCACAGGUCGUGGACGGCGUAUUUAUACGCGAGGUCGGCCACAGGUAGAGCGCCAUCCACUACAUAUCGUGCCACCAGCCUCCUAGAAUGGCUGCGAACGUGCCGCAAUUCACGUUGAACAACGGCAUCGAGAUGCCCGGAGUCGGCAAAGGAUGCUGGCUUGGGAUCGAGGGAGACCGUACGACUACGAGGGCGAUGUGCCUGAACGCGCUCAAAGUCGGAUAUCGUCACCUGGAUACUGCUCCUGGCUAUGGCAAGUAA